AUGAACCGCUUGGAGGAUUUGCUGAAGCCGCGUUCGUUGAUGAACUUAUUUAUCCAAUUUCACAACCUAUUUUCGUUGCUCCUUCGCAACACAUUUUAUAUCUUGAUUAAACUAUCUACCAGAACUAUCAGGUUUGCUUUUCAAACGCAUGCCACGAGCUAUUCAUACUUUUGGUUUAUUACUACAAAUGUCGUCGACUCUAGUACCGCUACUGUCAGGUCGAGCACCAACGUUAGAGUCGGCAAAGAUUUUAAGCGAACUAAAUUUUCAACCGUGCCGGUGCAGCGAUUCAACAGUCGUCGCUUCUCCCUGCGAUACAGUACAUUACAUUAUGAGCGAACUAUUUUUGCAGAAAGUGAAAGGCUGGCACUACAACCCGCGACCGCCCGUGCUAGGUACUGCUACCGCGACCUGCUGGCACUCCGGCUCUUUUCUGAAGAAUUCAUCUUUCUAGAUUCGGACGGCUUCAGGUUCGAACAAAUACUUUAUCGCAGGUUUGGUUCGGACCGUUAAGUUGUGCGUCUGGCGAGAAAGAAGUAUGUGUGAAAAGAUAUUGAAGACAAUGAGCACGAAGGCGAAAUCGAAUUUGCAAAAUUUUUUGAGAGCUUUUCUUUAUUGCUGCGAAAGAAAAUAAGUUCACAGAAGGCGCUUCAGCGAGCCUGGUAUAACAGGCGGCCACGCGUG